AUGAACCAACCAUGGGAUAGUCAAGAAACUCUAGUUGAUCCUCGUACUCGGCUUGACCAGUCAUCUGAUCAAUCCGGCGUCGCCCACAAUAAUCCAACAAAAAACCCUACCCACAAGGUCGGAGACGUUCAAGAUGUAUCCCCUCGCUACCCGUAUUUUCCUACAAAGUCAGAAACUUCCACUAUUGCUCCUUCCUCUUCUCAUCCCACCCCAGAUGCCAUGAUCCGGCGAAGAAGACGUAUUUAUCAGAGACGAAUCCCAACGAAUGGAUCAACGAAACGUAUCAGAUUCCCAUCUUUACCCAUCUUACAUCUCCUCCUUCUCCUCUGUCAUCUACUUAUAUCGGUAUGGUUACCUUACACAUUAGUGAAAAACUUAAUCAUGCCGUUGAUUCUGUGGUUGUUAUGGGCUGUUAGCUUGGUAUUGGAGUUGGUUUAUCUUGCUCCGAUGAUGAUUUUAGAAGUGUGGGGUUUGGUCAGGGGUAGACCUGUUAACUCAGCUUGGUUACAAGUCGGAUUACAUCUCGUUCUCAUUUCUCUUUUCCUAGUUCCUCAGUUUCUGGCUUUACUUUUACUCUUAAUUUCCACCCAAUUACCUAACUGUUCUCCAUCCUCUCCAACCUAUUCAACGAUCAAAACCAUUCCGAAUUUCCCCACUAUCCAUAAUUCCACAGCUUGUGAAAAUCUCCCUCUCGCUGUAAGGUUAGUCAUUGGAAACUUAGUUAUUCUCCUAUUGAUUCUGGUGGUGAUCAUUGGGAGUAUAUUAUUCGAUCGGAAGAUACGUCCAACUCGGAAGAUUAUCUACUGGUCAUCUCCCCAUCUGACUUCUACUCCUGAUCGACUUUCACUUGGUGGAGGGAUGAUGAAUCAAGAUUCAUCUAACUCAGCCAAGGAAAUUGACAUCAGGGAUGAAUUUCACAUAAGAAAAGAGAAAGAUGAUUUGGAUUACGAAAGGAGGGAUAUGGGACGAUCAAGUUCGGAUAAAGGGUUCGAAGGGACGUUUGAGAUGGACAUGGACAUGAUGGACAUGUUAGAUGAACGGCAGUUGGCGAAGGGUGGACGAGUGAGAUGGACGAUAGGAAUGGGAGAAUCGUUAUGGGAUUUAGAAACUUAUUUUGGAAUAUAA